AUGUCGUCCACUACUCUGAAACCCCUCGUCCUCCACGCCCACGGCACAGGCCCCAACCCUUACAAAAUCGCCGCCGCAUUGGAGUAUCUCCAACUUCCCUACGAAGUCAAGCUGUGGCAAUUCGGCGACGCACCCAAUGGUGUCAAGGGCCCCGGGUUCCUCAAAAUCAACGAGAAUGGACGGGUUCCCGCACUCGAAGAUCCUAACACUGGGGUUGUGAGUUGGGAAAGCGGUGCGGUGAUGAAUUAUCUGAGGAGGGUGUAUGAUCAGGGGAAUCGGAUUGGGCCGAGAGGAGGAGAUGAGCAGAGUGUGGUGGAUUUUGAGAAGUGGGAGUAUUUCUUGUUGAGUACUUUGGGGCCUAUGAUGGGCCAGGUCAAUUGGUUCCGUCACUAUCAUCCCCAGAAGAACGAGGACGCGCUGAAGCGGUAUGAGGAGCAAGCAUACCGCUGCUUCGGCGUGCUGGAUGCACAGAUUGCGAAGCAUGGCGGUAGCUAUGUCUUGCCGGGAUCGACGCUUUCGGCGGUGGACUUGCACUUCUAUCCGUGGGUGUAUCAGCAUGGGUUUGCCGGGUUGGCGCUUGACAAGUAUCCCAAUGUGAAGAAGUGGUUGGAUCAUGUCGCCGUGCAGAAGGAGAUCAAGGCUGCUUAUGAGAAGGUGCCGAAGGGGCAGUCGAUGUAG